AUGCGGUGCAUAGCUGCAAAUCGAUCAGUGCUUACAGCACUUGAUCAAAAUACGACACUUGCUGGCUAUGAUAGGACGAAUUGUACAACAACGACUAAUGAUAUUGAUAGUACGGAUAUAGUUCAAUUUGCUGAUGGUUGGUACGCCUAUCCUGAUCUUAAUACAUUCGAUAGUCCUUUACUUCUCGCUACACUUACACUGCGCAAUAUCAAACCAUCAAAAGCUCUCUCGCCAUGGAAUACAAAACUAGAUAAUUCGACUACUAUUCCUCUUACUGAAAUCGGUAUGUGGUUUAUUCAGUGNAUGAAUAUCAAACCAUCAAAAGCUCUCUCGCCAUGGAAUACAAAACUAGAUAAUUCGACUACUAUUCCUCUUACUGAAAUCGCUACGCGUCAAUUAGAAGCAUUAUUUAAUUUGUCACAAUUGCUUUUUGGCUUAGCUCGAGGUGAACAAUCAAAUUAUACAUUUCGCGAUUUACAAUUGGGUCAUCCACCACGCAGAUUUCGUGAAGCAGGAUUCAAUAAAUUCCCAAAUAACAAUAGAUCGACUGAUUUCUUUGGUACUUUUCAACUCAUUGUCAAUGAUAUACUCAAAUCAGGCGCUAUAGAUAUUGUUUAUAUGAUGUACAAAGAUCCUCGCAUUCGAUGCGUCAAACAAAAAUCUCUCGACUUAUUAACGAAUAUAACGACCAUCAACGAAGUCGGAUAUUUUAUUCUCGAUCGCUAUUGUCAAUUUCUUAUUCAACUUAUACAAGGUAUUCGUGAUGGGCAUUUAAUUGAAGAAAAGAUUCCAUCGUUAUCUGUUCUCAUACGUUUAUGUAAAGUUAUUGUUGAGAAAAAUCUUCUUAACCAUUAUCAACAUUUGAUUGAUAUGCAAUUCAUUGAUAUAUUGAUUGAUCUUUUUGAAUAUCAACAAUAUAAAACAAAUGAAUCGAUAGUUUAUUUUAUAAAAUUUGAAUCGCUUGCUCUUCAAUGUCUUUAUAUAAUGCUACAAUGUGCUUCUCAUGUUGAUAUGUGGUCAGAAAAAGCUCAAAUACGUUUAGUAAAUUAUUGUUGUACAAUAUUGUAUAAAUCAAUUUUGGACGAUGAUGAUGACGACAAAUGUGACGAUUAUUCGAAACGAAUAGAAAUCAAUCAUAUAUUGUAUGCUGAACAACAUGAAAUGACUCAUUCGUUGAGUUAUAGUAUAUUAACAUUUCUGAGUAUUGUUCGAUGUCGAAAAGAGAUCGGAAGGUUCUAUCGUGAAAAUGAACAUUUUCGAGAAUUACUGAAUGCAAUGAGACAAAAGUAUAAUUCAAGAAACAAAUAUCUAUCACGAGAUUCUUCCAUAUCGUCUGCGCUUGAUCAACUUAUCAAUAGUAUGUUCGAUAGAAAAAAGCGACGACAUCAUCAUCAUCACAUAUCCUCAAAAGAUCAUCCACGUCAUCAAACGCAUGAUGACGAUGAAGAAAAUAUUGAAAAUCGAGCAUAUCGAAAAUGUUCGAAUUCUUUAUGUCAAAUAAUUGAAAAUGAUCAAAUAAAAUUUGAAAACUGUCCUUCUUGUCAUAAAUUAUCAUACUGUAGUCAAUAUUGUCGAGAAGUUCAUUGGACAUUGAAUCAUAAUCUAUUUUGUCAGGCUGUCAAUUCUGAUGGAAAGAAAGAAGAAUCGACUGUACGAUGUAAAAUUGGCAGAAUUUCUGGAAUGACAUCAUCAAAUUAUCAACAGAGAAAGACAACAUCAAUGACUUAUAAUUCGGCAUUCGAAACAUUACCUAUACAAAUAUCACAUCAAGUUAUGGAAGCAACGGUCGAGAAUACUAAUGACUUAUGUUACCCAUCAUCGUCAUCAUCGUCUUCAAAUGUCAAAAAGAAUUCGUUAAAAACUCUCUUGUCGUUUCUUCGCGUUGGUGGAAAACGACGUUGA